AUUAUAAAUGCUUGGUAUAAAAAGAUCGUUACUUGAAACAUUGAUACUACAUUUUUGCUGGAAAACGCCUGGAAACGUGAAGAUGUCUCCCAUAUUCAACAUCGUCGUUUUACUGGUGAUAUCAGUGGCCCUUUCAAAUUGUGCUCCAAGUAACAAAUGUCAAUGUAACAGACCCAAGAAACUCCCUCAGGGCGUCGGUAGUGUAACACUAACUAAGAGUGCUGAUAGCUGCGCUUCAGUUGCGACCUUUACAUGCAAUGAUCCGUCUCAGGUGGCAUUUCCGGUUUCGACGAUGAGUUGCAUUGAUGGGGAAUGGAGCCCGGCAUUCGAGGGGCGACCAUGGUGUGCGCCAAGCUCUCAAAGUAACCAGUGUGAGGGAUACGAAAAAAGUUGCAAACGUGGGUCUUACUGUACGGCCAUCGAAGGAGAACCUCGAUGUGUCUGUGAAGAAGGAUGGGGAGGUCCACUUUGCGACCAAAAAGGAGCGUUUACGUGUGGGACAGCCUGUUAUAACGGAGAUUGCGUGUUCCACCAGGCCAGUGGCACAGAGCCCCAUUACUAUACGUGCGAUUGUGACGACGGAUGGAUGGGUGACUCAUGUUAUAUCAACCUAAACAAGUGUGAUUCAAACCCAUUUUUUCUAUGCGCAAAUGGAGGUACAUGCGAUGACUCUACUGGUAUUUUGUCUUGUCUUUGUCCCGAAGGAUUUGGUGGCUCAUUAUGUGAGCUUACAGGAAAUGAAACACAAGAUGAUAUGAGGACUAGGGAUCUCAGGACAAGGGAUAUAAGAACCCGAAUAUAUGCAUAACAAUGCUACAUACUGGAUGACAUACAAUUACCAACGAUCCCUUGCCUUCACAAAUACUUCACGGGAAAGCAAGGACAUGAAGGAUGAUGCCAUGUCAAAACGUUAUUGCUGGCAUUGAAUGAUGUAAAAAAACUGUAAAAAAUCAGAUGCCAGAAUAAAUGAUGUUUUUAAUUUACUGAAUAUUUUUAUCAAUAAAGUAUUUCCA